CAAUCGGCUGUGGAAGGCAGAGUUGUCCCUGUGGCCGCCAUUAAAGAAAGGAAUCCAUGAAUUCAAAUGGAAACCAACAGGAACCGAGACAGAAAUCAUGAUCGAAAUAACUGAAAGAGUUUAGGCUGAUGCCAUUUUUAGAGGCUUUUACGGGAUGCAUAUCGCUUUUAGAAUGGAUUUUGCCGUGGAGGAGUAAGACGGAAUAUUUUUUGUUUUUUAAGCAGAGACCGUUUUAGGGGGAGGGGGGAGUUGCUUCUUUGCUCUCUUUUUCUUUUUUGUUUUAUGAACAUUUAUCGCCUCCUGGAAAUUGAUUGAACUUGGGUGCUUUUGGGAUGUCGACCUAAAGAGCAUCAUAGCUUUUUUUCCAUCCGCUUUUUACCCCCGAGGGGGAACUGCAGUCGGAGGUUGUUAAAUUAACUAUCCUUCAGCCAAAUGUUACAAAAAUUAUUACUCGCUGAUUAAGCUUCUCAAGAGAAAACAAAUACAAAUCUAAAAUUGCCCUUUUAUUUCCCGGGAAGUGAAACGAUGGAGAGUUGGACCUCGGAGUGAAGAAGGAUGAGUUCUUGUUUUGUACCAAACGGGGCCAGCUUGGAGGAUUGCCAUUCCAAUCUAUUCUGUCUGGCUGACUUGACAGGGAUCAAAUGGAAGAGGUUUGUGUGGCAGGGUCCCACGUCCGCACCAAUCCUGUUCCCAGUGACAGAGGAGGACCCCAUCCUUUGCAGCUUCAGCCGCUGCCUGAAGGCAGACGUGCUGAGUGUCUGGCGACGCAGCCAGCGGCAGGGUCGGCGGGAGAUUUGGCUCUUCUGGUGGGGGGAUGACCCCAGCUUUGCUGAUCUCAUCCACCCCGAGCUUGCAGCCGAGGAUGACGGUCUCUGGGAGAACGGUCUUUCCUACGAGUGUCGCACGCUGCUGUUCAAAGCCAUCCACAACCUGCUGGAGCGCUGCCUCAUGAAUCGCAGCUUCGUGCGCAUCGGAAAGUGGUUUGUCAAACCCUACGAGAAGGAUGAGAAGCCUAUCAACAAGAGUGAACACCUGUCGUGCGCCUUCACCUUCUUCUUACAUGGCGACAGCAAUGUGUGCACCAGCGUGGAGAUCAACCAGCACCAGCCCGUCUACCUUCUGACUGAGGAUCAUCUCACGCUGGCUCAGCAGGCGUCCAGUCCCUUCCAAGUGAUCCUGAGUCCGUUUGGGCUAAACGGGACGCUGACCGGCCAGUCGUUCAAGAUGUCAGACCCACCCACCAAGAAGCUGAUUGAGGAGUGGAACCAGUUUUAUCCCAUCAGCCCCAGUGCCAAGAAUGGUGUGACGGAGGACAAGGUGGAAGACAUGGAUUGGGAAGACGAUUCUCUGGCCUCUGUGGAGGUCCUUGUUGGUGGAGUGCGGAUGGUGUACCCAGCCUGCCUAGUACUGGUGCCCCAGUCAGACAUCCCCGCUGUGGCCCCUGUGGGGUCCUCCUCCCACUGUACUGCUGUCUACGCCGGUGGUCACCAAGUGCUUGCAUCCCAGCGAGAACCUGCCAUGUCGUUGGUGACGCUCACCCCCCCCACGUCGCCUGAGGAGGUGCAUACAGUGGACUCUCACUCUGCCCAGAAGUGGACCAAGAUGCCUUCAUCAUCAGACGCGUUCUCUGUGGAUAGAACAAGCCAUCAUGGAGGCAAGGUUCCAUGCCGGCUUGCCAGUCAGGUGGUGGAGAGAGUCUGGCAAGAGUGCAAUAUCAACCAAGUCCAGAACAAGCGAAAGUACUCAGCUGUGACCAAUGGCACCUGUGAGGAUGAGCGGACUGAGCGAACAGGAGCGUGGGAUUUUGUAGAGCCUUCUGAAAGGUCGUACUGCAGUUGUUCUAGACACAAAUCAGUGAAGCAGCGAAUAGGCGGGAAUGUGGGCCAAGCUCAGUCAGCAGGCCAGGCCUCACAGACUCCUACCAAGCACAAAGCUGGAGGAGAGAAGCCAGACAAGAGUGACAAGCAGCAGAAAAGGCCCCAGACACCUUUCCAUCAUCGAAGCCUGACCAGUGAAGACGCCUCAGUUGAAAGUGAAGCAACAGCCGGCCAAAGUCUCGCAAUAAGGACUCAGGAUGGAGGAAGGUUCUCUAGUAUUCGUUCAGCAGAUGUGACUACCAUCCAAAAGACCCCUCAAAUCAGCAGCGGGGUGGUUAGCACAGGGCCAUCAGACCCGGCCAACUCCCCCCAACCCCCACCUCUUAGCCCCCACCCAUGCGAGCGUAUUGAGGAGUCCGGGGAGAGUAUGAAGAACCCCUCCACCCCCAACAACCAACACUUUUACCAGCCUCCCUUGGACCCAUGUCUGGGCGGAGUGAAGGGUGGUGGCGAGGAGCCGGCGGGGCCAGAGGGUCUGACCCAGCACUUCUCCUCACACCACCCUCACCCUUCUGCUUACUCGGAGCCCAAUGAGCCCACUGUGUACGUGGGCGCAGGGAUCCACCCAGAAGAUGACAGCACUCACUCGCCGUGGAGGUUAUUCAACUUACCCCGCAGGAGGGAAGCAGAGAUGCCCACGCCGAUACUGCCAGGGGACAAGUUUCGGGACGAUGGGUUAGCCUCCCAGGACAACCUGGUGUCUGUAACUGAGGUGAUGUCCACAUCUAAAUUCCCGCUGAAGGUGUCUGAUGAGCGCGUUCUGAUGUAUCAGGCCAGGAGGAACCAGUACCUGGCUGCUGCCAUUACUGAUGGCGACCACGAGCCUGAGGUGGACCCCUAUGCCUUUGAGGAAGGAGAUGUGAAAUUCACAUUUUCCAACAAAAAGGAUAAGGCAGGCGGGGAGCGUGAGCCAGGCAAGAAACAUAAGGGUGAAGAUGGAGGAUCGGGUCCAUCGGAUGAUCCUCAGCGGGCAGCUGCUCACAACCGCAUGGCCUCUACAAGCCUGAUCCAUGAGACGGACCUGGUGGUGUCCAUCAACGACCUUGACAACCUCUUCAAUUCCGAUGAAGACGAACUGGCGACUGGUUCCAGACGACCGGUAAAUGGAACAGAAGAGAAAUUUGGCAGCAAGGAACCUAAGCCAUCCACUUUAGACCCUGUAUCUUGUAUUAGCUCGGCAGACCUACACCAGAUGUUUCCCACUCCUCCCUCCCUUGAGCAGCACAUCAUGGGCUACUCACCCAUGAACAUGUGCAGCAAAGAGUAUGGCAGCAUGGAGCCAACCCCUGGUAUGACCACGCUAGAUGGAACCCAGUCCCUAGUAGGUCACUUCAAGAUCGAGGUGGAGGAGAGCUUCUGCAGCCCAAAGCCAUCUGAGGUCAAGACUUUCUGCAAAGAUCACUCAGCACACAAUAUGACUCUGUGCAUUUUGCAGGACUAUUCAUUUGUGUACAAGCCCGAGCUUUGCCAGCCGUUUGUGGGCUGCUCCAUGUUUGCACCACUGAAGUCCUUGCCCAGCCAAUGUCUCCCACCUAUUAAGCUACCAGAGGACUGCAUCUACCGACCAAGCUGGACCAUGGGCCGAGAGAUGCUCAACCCCAUGCCUGUCAUGACCAUCCUCAACAAGGACAGUAACAUCCCAAGUGUGGGCAGCACUCUGGACCAGGACUACAGCCAGGCCUACACCCCUCAAACUCACACACCCUUCUUGUCCAACAGCGCUCCGCCAAGUAACAGUGGAACUGGCAUCCUGCCCUCACCUGCCACACCACGUUUUUCAGCCCCCACACCCCGUACGCCACGCACUCCACGCACACCCCGAGGCCCCUCCAGCGUCCAGGGCUCACUCAAGUACGAGAAUUCGGACCUGUACUCACCAGCCUCCACCCCGUCCACCUGCAGGCCACUCAAUUCGGUGGAGCCGGCCACCGUUCCUUCCAUCCCCGAGGCUCACAGCCUCUAUGUCACUCUCAUUCUGUCCGAGUCUGUGAUGAACCUCUUCAAGGACUGCAACUUUGACAGCUGCUGCAUCUGCGUGUGUAACAUGAACAUCAAAGGAGCGGAUGUGGGAGUGUACCUCAGCGACCCCAUCGGCGAGGCCCAGGAACCCUGCAGCUGCGGUUUCAGUGCCGUGGUCAACCGUCGGUACGGCAACGGUUCGGGACUUUUUGUGGAGGACGAGCUGGAUAUCAUCGGCCGUGGGACGGACACCAGCCGCGAGGCAGAAAGGCGCUUUGAGGAGCUACGGCUCUCCUCCCUGGACAAAACCAGCACCUGGAGGGGAGACCACGUCCCGGAUGAGCUCAUUCUUCUCCUGCAGGACCAGUGCACCAACUCGUUUUCACCUAUUUCAGGCCUGGAUGACAUAGACACACACGGACUGAAGGGUUGCCCUGUGCCACCCUGUGUUCGGGUGGAGGAGAAGGACUUUCACAGUGACUGCUACAUGGCCUUGGAGCACGGCAGGCAGUUCAUGGACAACAUGUCAGGUGGCAAGGUGGAUGAAGCACUGGUCAAAAGCACUUGUCUGCACCACUGGUCUAAACAAAAUGCAGUGGACGUGAGUGCGCUGUGUUCUCAGGACGUUCUCCGAGUGUUGAUGUCUCUCCAGCCUGUACUCCAAGAUGCUAUCCAGAAAAAAAGGACGGUGCGGUCGUGGGGCGUUCAGGGCCCACUCACCUGGCAGCAGUUUCACAAGAUGGCAGGACGGGGCUCAUAUGGCACCGAUGAGUCCCCUGAGCCUCUGCCCAUCCCCACCUUCCUGGUGGGUUAUGAGUAUGACUUUGUUGUGCUGUCUCCCUUCGGUCUACCCUACUGGGAGAAACUGUUGCUGGAUCCCUUCGGUUCCCAGCGGGACGUCGGGUAUUUGGUGGUGUGUCCUGACAACGAAGCUCUCCUCAGUGGUGCCAAGAGCCUCUUCAGAGACCUCACAGCUGUCUAUGAGUCGUGUCGACUGGGCCAGCAUCGGCCCAUUUCCAAAGGCUACCCUGAUGGCAUAGUCCUUGUCGGUGGCAGUGGAGCCAAAAGCCUCGUGGACCAGCCAGUCAGCGAUUGGUUCCUCAAGGCUGCCAGCGGCAAUGAUGACGCCUUCACUAAGCUCAAACUCUAUGCACAAGUGUGCCGCCACAACCUCGCUCCAUACCUCGCAUCACAACCAUUGGAUGGUUCCCUCCUAACGCAGCCCACUCCCUCGUCGUUAUCCAACCAGUCAUCAUCCGCGCCACUGACGGGAUCUGCCUCCAGCUCCGUUGGCCAGCAGGGUGCAAUGCACGGCUCCUUGGUGUCCAACAGCAACAGCGGGUCCGGAAAUGGCUCUGUGUCAUCCAACAGCCUGGUGACAUCAUCUGGGCAGUCUGGCAGCGGGAUGCAGUCUGCCAAGGCCAGCUCUUUUGCCCCUUUUGCAAGCAUGGGCAGCCAAAACCAGGGAGGUGGCACUCAAAGUGGACAGCUGGGACAGCAGGCAGGCACCCAGAAUACUAGCACCUCAGGGGACAACUCAAACAGCCAGAGCCAGGCUCCCACAGAGCCCCCAGAAAGCACUUUGGAACGGGACAAGGUCGGCGUGCCCACAGAUGGCGAGUCUCACGCCAUCACGUAUCCACCUGCCAUUGUUGUUUACAUUGUGGAUCCCUUUAGCUACGAGGAGUCUGAAGGCGGCCCAGGACCAGCGCCAGCCCACUCAAGCGUGUGGACGCUUGGUUUGUUACGUUGCUACCUUGAGAUGCUUCAGCUGCUUCCUGCACAUAUCCGCAAUUCAAUUUUUUUACAGAUUGUCCCCUGCCAGUACCUGCUUCAGCCCGUACGAGGUGAAGAUCGACAUAUCUACGUCCAGCACCUUAAGUCUUUAGCCUUCUCAGUCUUUGCUCAGUGCAGACGCCCGCUGCCUACUUCCACCAAUGUCAAGUCGUUGACGGGCUUUGGCCCGGGACUAGCUAUCGACACAGCACUUAAAAGCUCUGAGAGACCCGAGUGUCUGCGUCUGUACACACCUCCGUUCAUACUUGCCCCCGUUAAGGACAAGCAGACGGAGCUCGGGGAGACGUUCGGGGAGGCGGCACAGAAGUACAACGUGCUGUUUGUGGGGUACUGUCUAUCCCACGACCAACGCUGGCUCCUUGCUACGUGCACUGACCAGCACGGGGAGCUCUUGGAGACCUGCAUCAUUAGCAUCGACGUACCCAACAGGGCCAGAAGGAAAAAGGCCUCCGUCCGACGCCUUGGCCUGCAGAAGUUGUGGGAUUGGUGCUUAGGUCUUGUACAGAUGACAUCAGUUCCCUGGAGGGUGGUGAUUGGACGACUGGGCAGGAUAGGACAUGGAGAGUUGAAAGACUGGAGCAUAGUGCUGAGCAGAAGAAACCUUCAGUCACUCAGCCGCCGUCUGAAGGAAAUGUGUCGAAUGUGCGGCAUCUCCACCUCGGAUACUCCCAGCAUCCUGAGUGUGUGCUUGGUUGCCAUGGAGCCCCAGGGGUCCUUCAUCAUAAUGCCAGACUCCGUGUCAACAGGCUCAGUGUUUGGCCGCAGUACCACCCUAAACAUGCAAACGCCCCAGCUGAACACACCACAGGACACCUCCUGCACUCACAUCCUGGUCUUCCCCACAUCUGCCUUUGUCCAAGUGGCCAGCUCAAAUUACCCCAACAUUGACACCAACAUUGACAUCCUCAACGGUACUACAGAUGGCUCUGACGAGAUGGGUAUCUUUGAUCUGCUGGACCCAGAGAACGAGUUGGUGGACCCCGACAUAAUCAACAUCUCACCCACCACGUCACCAGUGCAUUCCCCUGGCUCCCAUUACCACCACGGAGGUGAUGGCAGCAAGGGCCAGAGCGCAGACCGCAUGGAGUCUCGUGAGGAGGUGCCAAAUCUCCUGCAGCAACCCCUCGCUCUUGGCUACUUUGUGUCCACAGCCAAAGCUGGACCACUACCUCACUGGUUCUGGUCAGCGUGCCCACAGGCUCAGAACCAGUGUCCCCUCUUCCUCAAGGCCUCUUUGCACCUCCAUGUGUCUUCAGUGCAAUCGGAUGAGCUACUGCACAGCAAACACUCCCAUCCUCUCGACUCCAAUCAGACCUCAGAUGUACUCAGAUUUGUGUUGGAGCAAUACAACGCCCUCUCCUGGCUGACAUGUGACCCGGCGACACAGGACCGACGAUCAUGCCUGCCCAUUCACUUUGUGGUGCUCAACCAGAUCUACAACUCCAUCAUGAACUUGUUGUAGCCAGCCGCUCACGGUAGAGAUGUUUCCGGGAUAUGCAACGCGACAACAGAUCAGACUGGAGUGCAGUUUUGGAUCUUAUUUAUUCCCAGAUAGGAUUUGAUGCGCUGUAAAAAAAAAAAAAAAAGAAUAAAAAUGAGCGGAGAUGUGCAUGGCCGGAAGACAUGCACAAAGAGACAAGGGAAUAAAGUUCAUGGGGAAAAGCAGAGUUAAUGAACCUGACAAUGACAUAUUGGUUGUCAUGUUUGUUUUUAACAUGGCAGCAAGCUCACUGGCCAGUCUGUGUUUGGAAAGAUAUCUGUUGUGUAAAGAGAUAAAGGGACGUAUUCGAUCAAGAAGCAACUUUUACAAUGGAUUUUUGGUUUUACAACCCAAAAUUCCUUAUUCCUUUGAAUGGAGUCAUAUCCAAACAAAAUGCCUGCAUCUACAGUAUCUUAUUUAUUGUAAGUUUUUAAAUGUAUUAUUUGUCUUAUUUCGUAAUCUGAUAUAUAUAUAUAUAUGUAUACAGUAUACACUGUAUAUAUGUAUACUGUAUAUAUAGAGAGAGAGGUUUUUACCACCUUCCUGCUUGAAAGCAGUUGCUCUAAGAUAUAUGUAAUCACCUUAAUAACAAAAAAUUGACAAAAACGAAAUAAGGUCCCAUUAGGUUGCUUUUAGAGUAUUAUUUUUUGUAACGGAGAGAGACUAUUUGUAUUGUCACGAUGUACAGAAGAAGUGGAGAAUUAUGACUUACAGCAAAGCUGUAGCUACAUAGGAAUUGUACAGCAAUGAACUUCACUGUGUUCUAAUAAAGAGGUACAUUGUUGUAUAUAGUAUUUUAUACCACACAUUUAGACACAAAAACCAAACUGCAAUCUAUAUAAAUAAUUAUAUAUAAAUGCCAUGCCAACAGUUGAUGCUGUGGCUUCUGUUUUAGGAAUAAAAAUGUGUCAACCUAUUUCCCUGUGCUUGUGGUUAUUGCGUUGGCGGAGAUUGGAAUGGCUGUGGUGUUGGAAAUACAUUAGAGACGAGUCGUUCAUAACUCG